UAACAUCAACAGUAUCAAAAGAUCUGAAGAUAAGUAUUUGUAGGAAAGGGAAAGAUUACAUUAUUUAAUUGUAAGAGGACAUAUUAAAAGGAAAUGUACAGUCACCCAGGUUUUGUUUUAGCGGAUUACUGUGUCUUUGGGGCGACAGUGUUAAUUUCCCUAGGAAUAGGUAUCUUCUAUGCAUUUUCUGGUGGAAGACAAAGUACUACCUCGGAGUACUUGGUUGGCAACCGUCAGAUGAAGAUACUGCCCUUAGCACUUUCCUUGAUGGUGUCUUUCGAGUCCUCCAUCAUGAUGCUUGGAUUUCCGGCGGAAGCUUAUGUUUACGGUCUUCAAUACAUCUGGUACAAUGUUGGAGUUAUGACUGGUCUGUUGCUGGGUCUUUUCAUUGUUGUGCCUUUGAUUUAUCCUUUAAAGCUUACUAGCGUUUAUGAGUACAUGGAAUUGCGGUUUCAGUCCAAAUGGGUUCGAGUAUUUGCUAUGAUAAUAGGAGCAAUGUAUUACAUAUUUUAUAUGGGCAUUGUGCUGUUUGGUCCUGCUAUUGCAUUGGAAUCAGUCACAGAUUUUCCUUACUGGGCCUCCGUUUUGGCUGUUGCCCUAGGAGCCAUGUUAUAUACGUCCAUCGGCGGAAUAAAAGCAGUAAUUUGGACCGAUGUCUUCCAAACAGUGGUGAUGAUGACAGGGAUAUUCGCCAUUUUAAUUCAAGGAACCAUUUCUGCUGGUGGUGUUGGAAAUGUAUUUAACAUCAACAAAGCUACAAAAAGACUGGAUAUAUUAGACUUCAACCCUGACCCUUUUGUUCGUCAUACUUUUUGGACGCUGUUUGUCGGGAAUACAGUUAAAAUUCUCAGUAUUGCCUUCAACCAGUCCUCCAUACAGCGGAUAUCGUCUACACCGAAAAUGAGCAUGGCCAGGAAGAUAUUUUUGAUCACCGGUCCAUUGUUCUGCAUUACUUUAUCCCUGCCCUUAUUCGAAGGACUAGUUGCUUAUGCGUAUUAUUACAAGAAACGAUGUGAUCCACUAACUUCCGGUCGGAUUAAGAAUCCAAAUCAGAUAAUCCCAUACCUGGUGCUGGAAAUUUUUGAGCAUCUGCCUGGAAUGCCCGGGCUCUUUAUGGCAUCUUUGUUCAGCGCCUCUUUAAGUACUUUGUCAUCUGGUUUGAGUAGCCUAUCGGCAAUGGCAGCGGAAGACAUUGUGAAACAGAUAUUUCCCUCGAUUUCGGAUCAACGCCUAACUUUUGUAUCAAAACUGUCAGUUCUUGUAUCUGGGGCAUUAUCGAUUGCUGUCUCAUUUAUGAUCGCUGGAAUCAAAGGACCUAUGUCGCAAAUUUCCAGCACAAUUCUUGGUUGUUUUACUGGUACUUUGUCUGGAAUGUUUCUGUUUGCCGUGUUUGUCCCUUGGGCUACCUCAAAGACAACAAUAUGUGGAGGACUAGUGAGCACUCUAGUCACAUUCUGGAUUUCUAUGGCGAAGAAUUUCUCAAAAACGCUUCCACGUCAACCAUGGUUGGAAAUGCCAUCUAAUGAUAACUGUGUUCAGACUCCUGGAAGCGAACCAGUCCCGAUGGACACAGUCGCAUUUGGCAAUUAUACAACCACGGCCGAUACCUUUCCAUCAGAUGUAUCAAGUGUAUCUAGUGUGUUCCAUGAAUAUACACCAGAGGGGUUAGAAAAGCUCUACUCCAUUUCCUACAUGUGGCUCGCGCUGAUCGGAAUAGUGAUUUGUCUGGUUGUGGGAUCAUUAAGUGCACUAGUUCUAAAAAAGUUUAGCGAUGACAAACCAGACGUUCGGUUCAUGUUGCCAUUUUUUGACGUUUUCAUGCCGUUUUUACCAAAGUCUCUGAAACAAAAGUUCUACUUUGGACUUCCAUUUCACAAGCGAGAAGAAUUAUUAAAGGAAUACACACAGAAACAUUUCAUAUUCUUAAAUUCGGAAAAGAAUAUUGAAGUUAAUGGUAAAGACAGUUCAUUACCUCUGAACGACGCCAUCUUGGACAACCCUGAUGUGGAGGACACAAAUGAAGGAGCGAGGUUGCAUACAUUUAAAAAAGAAACUAUUUAGAUAUUUUGGAUGAUUUUUUUAUAUUCCGAUUAACCCAAUGAAAUAAAUAAAUAAAAGAAUGG